GAUAACAGCUUGAUAGGAUUUAAUCCAUCAAAAUACCACAAUCUUUGGCGCUCUGUACUUUGUCACAUCAUGGCGACGGUCUUCCAGGUUACUGUUCACGUCCAUCCCCGUGAUGUCUCGCGAUUUCUCGAAGCUUCAGAGCCGACAAUUGAGAGGAUGAAAAGGGAGUCCGAGCUUAUGUAUUUUGAGAUGUAUCAGGUGCACGAUUCUCCAGGUACGAUCAUCUGGAUUGAGAAAUGGUCUGAACCGGUGGAUUGGAUAUUGAAACACCAAAUGACCAAAGAGUACUACAACGACUACUUUGAUGCAACAGAGCCAUUCUACGUAAAACCGCGCGAACUCAAGAUUCUUAGCCCCCUGGGGCCUCGGUAUGCUUAUCAGAAGUUGUAGAAAGUUCAAAUAGCUGGAACCGGAUGUCAUUAUAAGAUUCUGGAGUGCUUCUAUGGAUAGCCAGAUAGAUAAUGAUCAUUUUUGCAAUAAAAGAUCUAAUAAUCAAGCUGGUUAGAAGUGCCAUGCUAAUCAC